AUGACCCAGACCAAACUCAUCAAGAAAACCACUUUGGUCUCGGCAGCUGCAACCCGUUUGCCGGUGCACACGUUGACCUUUGCAAUCCCCAGGUUUGAUCCCAGCGUCCAUCGCGGUAAGUCCCACUCGGAAGUUGCCAUUGACAAGGGAGAUGUAGUCAAAAUGGUCAUCCCUGGAUACAAACCCAAAUCCUAUUCCAUGAGUGCUUUGCGAGAACAGGAAUUUGACGUAACCUUCAAGGUCUACCCCAAUGGCCGCGCAAGUGGCUUUCUUGAUAGCAUGAAGGUAGGAGACGAACUUGAAUCCUUUGGAAAGUCCUCAGGGCGCCAUCAUAAUCCAGGCUCAUUUGUUGGUAUUGUAUCCUACGGAGUCGGAAUCACAGAAGGAUUACCAGUCACCAAAGCAGAGCUAGAGAAGGGUGACGCCGAAAAGGUAGUGUUGCUUUGGGCCUCUCGUACUAUGGGAGAUACGUUUUGGCACGAGGAGAUCAAGGCUUUACAGAACGAGUAUCCAGGAAGGUUUGAAAUGGUCCAUAUACUCUCGCGUGAGGAACACCAAGGCUGCUUUCAUGGUCACAUCACUCCCAAACUGUUGGACCAGGCAUUUCAGCCAGCAGAUCGUGGUCAAGCUAGGUUCCUCUCUGUUGGGACCAAAGACAUGAUGCGAAUUACAAAUCGCAUGCUAGAAGAGAUUGGCUACCCCAUGCCUGAGCAUGCUCUCCUCCCCAAGUCUCGCAGCAGCCAUCACCAACGUCACGGCAAGCACCACAGUCGCACUUCCUGCAAGGACCGCAAACAUCACAAGGGCCGAGAGUGUGACAAGAAACACCGACGCUAG